CCAAAGUCGAUCACCAAAAUAUUUGUUGCCACUGAGCGAAAUUGCACAGGUUUGCAUAGCAUGAACCCAAAGAUGAGUCUUUCCCCGCCGCAGCAGCAGCAGCAGUUCCCUGCCAUGAACUCACCCCAGAGGGCAGGCGGCUCCUCCUCGCUGUCCGUUCCGAGUGGGUCCUCUAGCCGCAUCAAGGCUGCCCUGAAGCCUGGCCGCUCCCUGAUGGACUGGGUCCGGCUAGGCAAGCAGCAGGGUAAGAAGCUGAAUGGCGUCCAGGGCCAGAAGAUGGACGUCUCGGAAGAAGAGCUGGCCAAGCAUAACAAGAUAGAUGAUGGCUGGCUGGCAAUCAGAGGUCAAGUGUACAAUGUGACCCCAUACAUGGAGUAUCACCCAGGUGGUGCAGAGGAGUUAAUGAAAGGACUUGGUAUAGAUGCAACAGAUCUCUUUAAUGAGGUACAUAGGUGGGUGAAUGUAGAGUCUAUGCUUGAGAAGUGUCACAUUGGACCCCUGCAGAAAGGAGACCCCCUGGCAUUCUUCAAAGUACCAGACAAGAAAUCCUCGCCGUCCAAGAUGGAGCAGGCGGGCAGCUAUACCAUCAAAUGGCCAGACACGGUGGAAAAAAUUCCCUGGUAUAUGUGUAAGCUGAGGGGCAGAGACAACAAAGUCAGAGCCAAACAUGACUGGUAUCAAAUGGGUGAUCAGGUGGUCGUAUCAAUCUAUGUUAAGUGUCAUUACUUCACCACGGACUAUGUGAUAGUGGAUCUGAAAGAAAAGACCCUGAAAGUCACUCUCUACCUUGACAGCCAGUACUUCACACUCCAUCUUGAGCUUCCAGAGGAGGUGCACCCAAACAUAAAAGGUAUGAAGGAUAUUUAUUUUUGAAAGCGUUUGAUAAACAGAAACACUUGUACUUUACAAGUUGCUAUGUAUUU